CAUUCAUCCAUCCGUGCAGAACUAAAAUGGCAGCUCGCAUUUGAAAUUUGUAGAAAUUAUAUUCGGCCAACAAAAUUCUGUCUCAAAAUCACAAGCGCGAAAAAAAAAGUGGCAUCACGCAUACAGGGCCAUCUCAUGUAUCUUACAGGGAGUACAAAACACUCAAUCAAGUGCUUAAGUAAUCUAUUACGCCGCGAAUCGGGGGCAAGAGCCGCGUUACAUCGCGUCGGUAUUUCAACGGCACCUGCAAGCUUUUCGUAUUCGCCGGCAUGCAAACGCUGCGUAAUUUUAAAACGAACCAUCCCACAGUUCACCUCCACCCUACGUUGCCUCUCCAAGAAGACAACCAACACCGGAGGUGUGACCACGUCCACCAUGAUCUUGCAAGACGGGGUGAGCAUUGAGGAAUUGCCUGUCCUCAUUAAGAAACUUACCGCCGAGUCACUACUAUCGAGAGAGUAUGCAUCGAAACCGGACGCACCGCCCACAGAAACGCACGCAACCAUAGAGGCGAGCGGUAAAUUAUUUAAAGACUGUACGUCGAUUAAGGACGUGUACGCCACCUUGCACAAGUGUGAUUCCAAGGACAUAACUCCCGCUGUCGGCGUGAAAGCACUGGACAAAAUUUUAGAACUUCGGGAUUCUAACAAAAAUCACGCGCGAUCAAGACGGAAGAAUGAUGCGGACGGAGCUUCCGUCGUGAUCACUGAAUUGUGCAACCUUAUAACGUCUUCAGGAAGCUCCGAAGUUAUCUUGGACGGGCUUCGAACAGUCGUCAGGCACCGCCACAACGAAGCCGAGAGAAAACUAUACGUAGAUACUUUUAUCGAAGUCAUCUUCAGCCGAAUCUGCGAUGGGACUAUCAGCCUGCCCGAAAUCCUCGAGGUCACACUGUUGCUGGUGAACUGUGGCACGCAGUACCUCGACACCGUCGACCACUUCUGGCAGAGCAUUGUUACGCAGACUGUCGACAUGGAGAAGGACGACAUCGUUAAGCUCUAUGGCCUGCUCCCGUACUUCAAAAGCUCACAGAGCGUCGUGCUUCGGACAGUAGCUCGAAACACAACCAAGAAGAUUCUCAGUUUGAACUCCGAGGACGUCGCCUACAUACUCAACGUCCUGACACGGCUCAAGCUCGUUCCGCAGAGCCUGCUCUCAAGUCUUACGAAAUGGGUGAACCUGAACCUUCACGUCAUCCCAGAAAAAGACUUCGGUUCGGUCGUGCGCUGCCUGAAUGACCUGAGGCACCUCGACACAAGCAUCUCCAGGGCGGUCGAGCGCUAUGUCCGCAUCAGGGGCUCGAGUUGCGAUGAGCACACCAUUGACGCCUUGUCCGCAUAUUGUCACCAGUUCCGGUGGAGGAGCGAUGCCGUGUUGAGUUCCGCUUCCGAUUUCUUUGUGGCAAACCACAAAAGCAUGUCGCUGCCAACUGCCGUGAACAUGGUGAGGGCGUUUGGAUACCUGAACCUGACGCCCAAGAACCCCAUGGGCUUUUUUGGGUCGCUCGAGUGGCUGCUUCGCGAGAAGUUCAAUGUGUUUCGUCCCGAUCACUUGGUCGAAAUUCUGGUGGCCUGCGUCUAUCUUCAGAGGUACCCGCUCAACUUCGUCAAGAAGGUUUUCAGCCCAUACUUUCUUGACAGAAUGACUGACACGCUGGAAGAGAGCAUCCUCCGAAAGACUCACCAGAAACUCAAGUUCCUCGACUCUGCACUGACUUUGGAGUGCAAGCAGUACUACGGACCUUUCUUGCCCAGGGACUACUCGGCCAAAAGUGUAAAAAGAGAUGGCAGGCUCUUGCGACUGAUGUGCUCGCUGCAAGAAGACAUGGAGCAGGUUGUGGGUGUUGAAAACUUCAGCUUCUCGGUUGUGCAGCCACGUCUUCCCCUACUCGACAUGUACAUCAUAGAUUAUGUGGUACAGCUGAACAAACAAGGAAAGCCUGUAACUUCAAAUGCUGUUGCUGGAGUUGACAAAAAGCUCGCUGUGAUCAUCGCCCUACCCGAACACUACUGCAUGGACGGCAGUCACCCAAUGGGGGCACACGCAACAAGGAUCCGGCUGCUGGAAAACUUGGGAUACAGCGUUGUCGAACUCAGCUUCGAUACGCUCCAAAAACUGAGGCCAGCAUCCAAGGACCGAAUUCGUUACCUCAGUGCAAAGAUCUUGCCUGCUCAGCCAAACUAAACCACACGCCUAGGGUUCAAAUUUCAGUCUGGUUUCCUGUAUAUUUUGUACAGAAGGCACAUAAUUGCAGAACACAUCGUUGCAAAAAUGUCUGUUUUUGCCUGAAUUCUUCUUCUUUCAGCAUUGGCGGAUUUCGGGAAUGGGGGCAACCGCUCUUCUUAAGCCACCCAAGGUCAACUUCUUUUUUUAAUGGAAAAAGUUGAUACACAUCAGUCAGAAGUUUGGUUUUGGGUGACAUAGCAAAUAUUUGGUUAACAAAAUAGACCUGGGCAACGUUUCGGUUGUAACGUCAUCUCUCAACAGACACCUGCCCCCCUCCCCUCCAGUUAAAUGGCUACUGCUACCGCCAAACCUGACCCAUAAAUUUGCGUCUAGCUGUCAGUGCCUGUAAACCUUGGUGGAAAUAGCAAUCUGCAGUGACAAGGUUGGAGACAGGCAAAGGAACGCAACACAACAUUCGGAGUGAGAAAAACUGUGCAAAAAAACCGACUAACCAGUAAAACUACUGGCCUGUUGUUUGUUUGUGCUGUUUUUUCGUUCCGGUGCAUCACCAACUCGGCCAAAUUUCUAUGGUUCAACACAAAUUUGUAUGACCUCUUCAUACGUUGCCUUUAUAGUCAUUGACAUACUUGCUUGUCAUGCUAUUUUGCCUGUUAACCUUGGGGCACAUAGAGGAAUACAGAUUGUCAAAGCUGCA